UCCAGGCCGCUGAAGCUCCUCCAACUUUGGCUGCAGCCUGAAGCAGAAGCAGGACAGCAGAGCGAGGAGCUCCGCGCGCCGCAUCCUCCCACAGCUUCCCGAUCACACCGAGCCAUGAGCCCGCUUCCUCUUCUGCUCUGGAGGAUGAUCCGGAUGCUUUGGACCGUGGCGCUCAUGUCGGCCUACGGCGCACAGGAGUACGACUUCAUGGAAUGGGAUCCACCCAGGUACAACACCGGGCCCAUCUACGGGAAGACCCCCCAGUGCUUGGCGAUCCCCGAGGACCUGCGGCUCUGCUACGGCGUGGGUUACCCCCAGAUGCUGCUGCCCAACCUGCUGGAGCACGAAACCAUGGCGGAGGUGAAGCAGCAGGCCAGCAGCUGGGUGCCGCUGGUGCACAAGAGGUGCCACCCGGGCACGCAGGUCUUCCUCUGCUCGCUCUUUGCGCCCGUGUGCCUGGAUCGGCCCAUCUUCCCCUGCCGCAGGCUGUGCGAGGCGGUGCGGGACGGCUGCACCCCCAUCAUGGAGGCGUUCGGCUACCCGUGGCCGGAGAUGCUCACAUGCGACAAGUUCCCCGAUCAUGAUGUUUGCAUUUCCAUGACGCCCAACGCCACCGAGAGCCCGGAGUCUGCAGGUUACUCUCCCAUCUGUCCUCCAUGUGACAACGAAAUGAAAACAGACACCAUGCUGGAGCACAUGUGUGCCAGCGAGUUCGCAAUCAAGGCCAAGAUAAAGGAGGUGAAACGAGAAAACACAGACCGCAAGGUGAUCCUGCAAAAGAGGAAGAAGAUGGUCAAAGCAGGAAACCUAAAGAAAAAGGACACAAAGAAGCUGGUGCUGUACUUGAAGAACGGUGCAGACUGCCCCUGCCAACAGCUAGACAACCUGACAAACCAGUACCUGAUCAUGGGCCGGAAGGUGGACAAGCAGUACCUCCUCACAGGCAUCCACAAGUGGGACAAGUCCAACAAGGAGUUCAAAAAGGCCAUGAAAACACUCAAAACCCACAAAUGUCCCGAAUUCACUAACGUCUUCAAAUAGUACACAUACACUCCCAAAUCUGCAGGCGUUUUAUUCCACGUAUGAACUGGCAAACUUUGCUUCUAUCGUCCUGUUUAUCUACCUAAAUCUUUGUAUAUUUACACAUAUGUCCGCUGUUAAGUUUACGAUAAAUGCAUUGGGGAAUGACGACGAAAAGGUUGAGUUUCUUCUUGUUUUUGCCUUUCAGUUCAAGGAAAAGACUGUUGGUCUGCCGGGUCAGAGGACGGGUUGGUUAGUCUGACCAAACCCUGAUGGUUCUAAAAGUUAGCAGAGGUCCAUGCUGUUGACACGUUUGGGAUGGCAAAUGUCAAGCUAUAAAACAUGCAUUAUGUGCAAAUAGCCACUAAACAAAAUAACAUAAAUGAUGUCAAGUUCAACUUUUUCUGUGCCUGAAAAUAGUAUAUUUUAUAAAUAGUGUUAUUGUUCCAAUUUAUCAGCAGUUUGUCUCUUCUCUGAUAUGCUAAUGGUGGCUAACAAUAUUUCCAGGAGGAAACCAAUCCUUAAAAGUCUCCAGAAACGGCUGUUUCAGUUUGCAUUUAAAACAAGUGUGAGCUUUGACACACAGAGUAUAAAAUAGUGCUGGUAAAUACUUGUUAAAAUAAGACCUACAGUAAAUGUUUUUUUUUGUUUUUUAUGUACAUUGCAAAGUUUUUGAUAGUGAUGAUUUAUGUGUUUUGUUUAAAAUGCUUCAUUUGGCGCCGUGGAUCUAAACAUUUUCUACUUGUCUGUUCUGCUUUGGCGAUUUUGGUCCUUUUUUAGCACUAUUUCCUUUUGUUAGAUUGUGAUGUCAGCAUUUCAUUGCUGCCUAUUACAUGUACAUAUAAGUUUUACAUAAAAUAUGAUCAAUAAAAUGGUGUAACAAAGAA